AUGAGUGAGUUAGCAAGAGAGAAAAGAAAGGAAGUAGCUUCUAAUGAGAGAAAAGAGGUGCCAUACCUUUUGGUACCUUCCAAGAAAGACAAGGAACGCCAUCUGGCGAGAUUCCUUGAUAUUUUUGGAAAACUAGAAAUUACUAUGCCUUUUGGAGAAGCUCUACAACAAAUGCCACUCUACUCUAAAUUUAUGAAGGAUAUGUUGACAAGGAAGAACAAAUACAUUCACAGUGAGAAUAUAGUAGUGGAGGUCUCGGUGGGAAAAGCUCUCAUUGACUUGGGAGCCAAUAUCAACUUGAUGCCACUCUCCAAGUGUAGAAGGUUGGGGGAGUUGGAAAUAAUGCCUACAAGAAUGACUUUACAGCUAGCUGAUUGCUCCAUAACCAGACCCCGCGAUGUUAUUGAAGAUGUUUUGGUUCGAGUCAAACAUUUCAAUUUCCCAGCUGAUUUUGUAGUGAUGGACAUAGAUGAGGAUCUUGAAAUUCCCAUAAUUUUGGGACACCCUUUCAUGUCCACUACAAGUUGUGUAGUAGACAUGGGAAAGAAAAAGCUGGAGUUAGGCAUUGAUAAUCAGAAAAUCAGCUUCGACUUGUUUGAUGAAGAAAAACAUUUGUCAGACCAAAAUGUCUGCUUACAGGUGAAGGAGUUUGAUGAGAAGGUUCUGAAGGAGAGAACCAAGAUUAAUCCAGGAUAA